AUGUCGGCCAUCAUGGCACCGGAGGGCGAGCCGGAGGAUCGCCUUCCACGGAGCUCGCCCUUCGUGGGCGCCUUGCGCCAUGCGCCCAAGCGCUCCCAGAUCCUUCUUUUGGGCCAACUGGACCGACUGCUACGACGACGUAUUCCGGAGCUGGCAGAGCUAGGUGAAGACCAGGAGUCGCAUGGCGAUGCUUUCUCUUCAAUAGAGAGUUCGGAGAAGCUCCCCUCUUCCUCGCCGUACGUGGGCUUUCAGCGGCACGCGCCACCCUCCUCACCGGUGCUGAGCUUCACGGCCUCGCCGGGACGUGACGCCCUUGGCAUCUCCGAAGGCCUUCCGGAGCUGGAUUUGAAGGAGGUUUUGCCCGGAGAGCUACCAGAAGAGGUCUGGACUGAAGUGAUGCGCUUGGCCUUGGAUGUCCCUGAGCUGGCAGCCUUUUCCCGAGUGAGCAUGGGCUUUCACAAGGUGGUCUCCUCGCCAGAUGUGUGGUGCCAGCGUGUGGUACGACUGCCUCCAAGUUGCUUGGAAAACUUUGCCCCUCAACUGGAUCGCUGGCUUGCUGCCUGGACGAAUGCGAAGAAAUUGGUACUUCCACGGUCGAACCAGCUGCUGGAGCAAGUGAACCAACGUGCGCCGCAUUUACCGAUCGAGGUGAGCUGGCGCUUCGAUCGGCAUCUCAAGGGCGAAGGUGUGGAGGUCCUCAGGCACGGUCAAGCAGUGCGCCGAGUGGCUGAAGAGGAGCUGGUGGUGCUGGGAGACGCGGCUCUUCCAUGCGACGACCGAUGGCCGUAUUUGGAGGUGCACUUGGAUGAAUGUGGCGAGGGCAUCGGCGACAUGAUCAACGACUUCGGCUUUGGCGUCACGGCGUCGGUCCCCGAGGAGAUUGAUGAACUUGGAUCUGUGGCUGAUGAGGUGCCGCGCAGUUGGGUGGUGGACUUCACCCAGUCGAUGGUCUGCCUCAGCGUCAACAACCGAGAGGCUUCCCAGGGGAAGAACCUCUCUGCGGCCGCCUUGAGAGAGGGUUGCCGCGUGGGGCUCUUGGUGAAGCCCAACGCCUUUGAGAUCUACAUUGAUGGCGUCCAUCGAGACACGCUGACGGUGCGUCCUGAGGACUGCGUCCCAGUCAACAGCGGGCUUUACCCGGUCUUGGACUUGUAUGGACGCACCAUCGAGAUCUCGAAGACGGACGCGGAGGAGCUUGAGCUUGCCACACUUCAUUCGGUGGAUCCCAUUCUGCGAACAGAAAAGGAUCUGGCCAAAGUAUUGCAAUUUGAUGGUCAUAUAGCUCAGGAGGUUUCCCGCUUCUCAUGCCACCUGGACGUGGAGCCCGUUGAGCUCGCAGUGUUGGUGUUGGACGUUUCGGAUGUGGUGAGCUCGCAACAUGGGUGCUCCCUGAUGGAUGUGUCGUUCCUGUGGGUGGCCAGGGUGGGGCACGAGGACGGUUUCAGUGGCAAAGAGGACCGAAGCACCGGCCUCGGAAGUCUUCAGAAAGAUCUGCUCCAAGUUCUUCCACCUCAUCCCAAUCCCAUCCCAGCACCGGCAGAGCUCACGGUGAAGCCCUUGAACGCCGACUUCGGCGCGCUGGUGACCUCCGAGCUCUCCGCCGAGAGGCUCCUGGGGAACCCGCACUAUGCGCAGCAGCUCUUCCACGUAUCGGACGCUCCGAGCACGGAGAGCGCGCAGGAGCACGGCGGGCUGCUGGUGAUGCGGAACCUGGACUUGACGCCACAGCAGAUGGUGGCCAUCAGCGCCUUCUUCGGGGAGGCCACAAAAGACGAGAUGGCCGUGUACGCGUGUAGCAGCUGUGUAGUUGAAGAUGAGCUGGACGAAAGCAAACAAAUGCUUCUGGGCUGA